AUGCUGGCCAACGCAGCGGCCUAUUUUGACAAAGCACGGAAGGCCGGGGACGAAGAUGCGGAGGUCUUCGCCCCUUUGGACCAGAGGCUGCACACCCACGAGCAGAUUCGCGAGGCGCUGCGGCAGCGGCGGCGCCUGGGGAAGUUCGCGGACUCGGCGCGGCUGGCGGUGGCAACGCUGCGGAAGGGCGAGGUGGCUGAAACCGGUCUCCGCUCUCUGAGUGGCAUGGGUGGGCCGCUGGAGGAGGCUGAGGCGCGUCUGAAGGAGGACAUGCAGCGGGCCAGCCAGCUGGACGAGCAGGUUCUGCUGCAGCUUAUGCAGCUGAAGAAUACCAGUGUGGAUGUGGUGAAGGUGCCCUGGGCCUCUUUAGUGCAGAUCCAGGCGGAGUACUUCAUGGCGCAACAGGUGGCUUGGGCACCGCUGGGCGAAGCCUUCGACGACUACGGGGGCCUCGCCUCGGUGCAAAUCACCUGA